AUGCGUAAAUGCAAAAUUUUUGUUGGUUCAUCCCAUCCCGAAUUGGGUCAAUUGGUCUGUGAUAGAUUGGGUGUUGAGCCGGCUCCAUGUACUUUAAAGAAAUUCUCCAAUGGUGAGACAUCAGUUCAAAUUGGAGUUUCAGUUAGAGACGAAGAUGUCUAUAUUAUCCAAAGUGGAUCACCACACAUUAAUGAUCAUAUAAUGGAGCUUUUGAUUUUGAUUUCUGCAUGUCGUGGUGGAUCAGCUAAUAAAAUUACUGCUGUGAUCCCACAGUUUCCUUAUUCCAAGCAAUCAAAAAUGAAAAAACACAGAGGGGCAAUUACCGCGAGGAUGUUAGCAAAUUUGUUGGUUAUGGCUGGUGCUGAUCAUGUGGUGUCAAUGGAUUUGCAUGCAUCUCAAAUGCAAGGGUUUUUCAGUAAGCCAGUGGACAAUUUAUUUGGUGCACCUACAUUGGCACGUUGGAUCCGUCAUCACAUCCCAGAUUGGGAGAAUGCUGUUGUUGUUUCCAAAAACCCAGGUGGUACAAAGCGUGUUACUGCAUUGGCAGAUUCAUUAAAGAUUAACUUUGCCAUGAUUCAUACUGACAGAAGAAGAACUCAGGAUGAAUAUGCCAAGAAGAAAGAAUUGAAACAGGCACAAAUCAUUGAAGAAGGAGAAGAUAAUAUUGUUUCUGAAUUGCAAACGGCAAGAGUGGUGCAAGGCCACGUUGUCGAUGACGAUUAUCAAGCAAAUGGCACUACUGAACAUUUAACCAAAGAAGCUAUUUUGGACAGUGACGUAUUGGGGGGUACUUACGAUGCCACUGGCUCUGAUGACGAAGAUGAGACAACCACAUCGAGCGAAGAAAAAUUGAUUACUUUGGUUGGUGACGUUAAGGAUAAAGUUGCCAUUAUAUUAGACGAUAUGAUAGAUAAACCAAACUCGUUCAUUGCUGCAGCAGAGCAUUUGAGAUUGAAUUGUGGUGCCAAAGCUGUUUAUGUUGUUGGUACCCAUGGUGUUUUCAACGAUAAAUGCUUAAAAGACUUGACUGAUUCCAAAUGUAUUGAUAAAAUCGUUGUGACCAACACCUAUCCAAUUUCAAAAGAACAAAUCGAAAAACACAAAGACAAAUUGGUCGUUAUAGAUGUGUCACCAAUCUUUGCAGAAUGUAUCAGAAGAGAUCAUUUUGGUGAAAGUAUUCUGGUUCUUUUUGAUAGUUUGUCCAGUAUUGAGUAA